CCCCACGCCCGGCCGCCGCCGCCGCGAUGGGGCCAGCGGCGAGGAACUUGGUCCGGACGCUCCUGCUGCUGUGCUGGCUGACCUGCUUCUGCGCGGGGAUCAGCUCCAUAGACAUUGACCGCCCCGGUGACGGGAGGUGCCAGCCGAUAGAAAUCCCCAUGUGCAAGGAUAUAGGGUACAACAUGACGAGGAUGCCGAACCUGAUGGGACACGAAAACCAAAGGGAAGCUGCCAUUCAGCUGCACGAGUUUGCCCCCUUAGUGGAGUACGGUUGCCACAGCCAUCUGAAAUUUUUCCUCUGCUCCCUCUAUGCCCCUAUGUGUACGGAGCAGGUUUCUACACCGAUCCCAGCCUGCAGAGUUAUGUGUGAGCAGGCGAGGCUGAAAUGCUCUCCCAUUAUGGAGCAGUUUAAUUUUAAAUGGCCAGACUCCUUAGACUGCAGCAAACUGCCCAACAAGAAUGACCCCAAUUACCUGUGCAUGGAAGCCCCCAACAACGGAUCAGAUGAGCCGCCCAGAGGAUCCAGCAUGCUGCCACCCAUGUUUCGUCCACAGCGGCCCAGCAGUGGCCACGAUCUGCAGCAGCAUAAGGACAGCCUCAGCAGAACCUCCUGUGAAAAUCCGGGCAAGUUCCACCAUGUGGAAAAGAGUGCUUCCUGCGCACCACUCUGCACUCCAGGGGUUGAUGUUUACUGGAGCAAGGAUGACAAACAAUUUGCUGUCAUUUGGAUUGCCAUCUGGUCCAUUCUGUGCUUCUUCUCCAGUGCUUUUACUGUACUCACUUUUCUGAUAGAUCCUCAACGUUUCAAGUACCCCGAGAGGCCCAUUAUCUUCCUCUCAAUGUGCUACUGUGUCUACUCAGUGGGGUACAUUAUUCGCCUCUUUUCAGGUGCUGAAAGUAUUGCCUGUGAUAGGGACAGCGGCCAACUCUAUGUCAUCCAGGAAGGACUGGAGAGCACUGGCUGCACCAUUGUGUUCCUGGUUCUGUAUUACUUUGGUAUGGCAAGUUCCUUGUGGUGGGUAAUCUUGACUUUAACUUGGUUUCUAGCAGCUGGGAAAAAAUGGGGGCAUGAAGCAAUUGAAGCAAACAGUAGCUACUUUCAUUUGGCAGCAUGGGCCAUUCCAGCUGUGAAGACCAUAAUGAUCCUAGUUAUGAGAAGGGUGGCUGGAGAUGAGCUGACAGGGUUGUGCUAUGUUGGAAGCAUGGAUGUGAAUGCCUUGACGGGGUUUGUACUCAUUCCUUUGGCUUGUUACCUAAUCAUUGGCACUUCUUUUAUUCUUUCUGGUUUUGUGGCCCUUUUUCAUAUCAGGAGGGUGAUGAAAACAGGUGGAGAAAAUACUGACAAGUUGGAGAAACUUAUGGUCAGGAUUGGUGUCUUCUCAGUCUUGUAUACAGUGCCUGCAACUUGUGUGAUAGCUUGCUAUUUUUAUGAAAGACUGAAUAUGGAUUAUUGGAAAAUUGUGGCAACUCAACAAAAAUGCAAGAUGAACAAUCAGACUAAAAAUUUAGACUGCAUGAUGAAUAACUCUAUUCCAGCAGUAGAAAUUUUUAUGGUCAAAAUCUUUAUGUUAUUAGUUGUGGGCAUUACUAGUGGUAUGUGGAUCUGGACUUCCAAGACACUUCAGUCCUGGCAAAAUGUUUGUAGUCGAAGAUUAAAGAAGAGAAGUAGGAGAAAACCUGCAAGUGUUAUUACAAGUAGCGGAAUCUACAAAAAACCUCAACAUCCACAGAAAACUCACCUUGCAAAAUAUGAAUCAACGCUACAACCACCCACUUGUGUGUGACCAGGUUUUAGAAAAGCCAGUAUCUCACCUUACAGACUUACAAAUGUCCACAGUAGCAGCCAGAAAUUAAAAAAAUAAAUGGUGCUGGUUUUUGUCAGAAAACAGUUUAAUAUCUCAAGGCAAAAAAUGUAUCAUGCUGAAUUCAGGACCUGGUGAAAAACUGAAGGUAAAUGUACUUAUGGAAAGGUUUUCAGUGAAAGAAAUAUUGUGAACUAAAACAGUCUCUUCUGUUACUAAUUUGUAGUUAAGUACUUCAUCCAGCCCCCAGAUUUUAUUUCUUUUUUUUUUUUUUUUUUUUAAUUCCCCACACCCUAUUUAACGUUUUCAUGUAGCUGAGCUGGAUUUCCUACAAGUUUCUGAGUAACAAGGUAUAGUCAAGUUUUAUGGAGCAAUGACUUUAUUUUAAAAGUGCCCAAGUGAGCACUGUCUCCUUAGGGAAACUAAGGUCGCAAAGAUGCCUAUCCUCAGUGAGUACGCUAUCUGUGAAAGCAACUUCCGCACUAACUUUUUUUUUUUUAAAAAAAAAAAAAAAAAAGAUAAAUCCUUUCCAGCUCAACUCAGCCUAGUGGGUUUUGGAGUGCCUAAAAAUAGGUUCAGUCUAUAACGCUCACCAAUAUUCUUUCACUAAAAGAGAAACUUCCUGCACCAGACACAAACUUUGUGAAUAAGAAUAAUGUGCAAUACAUUUUUUUUCUUACCAUGACAUGAAAAGAGAAACAAGUAUUUUGCUGUACAUAAAGACAACAAAAGAAAUCUCUUAACAAAAGAACUAAGAGGUCUAGUCCUCAGAAACCCUUUAGUGUUACAUUUUGUGGCUUUUUAAUGGAAAUCAAGCCAAUGUUAUACACGUUUGGACUGAUUUGUGCAAAAAAAAAAGGGGGGGAUCAAUUCAAAGAGACCCAAAGGGCUUAUUGACUCUUUCUAUUGUUAAACAAAUUCUCAGUAUGAAUAGAUCAAGAAGCACUAGAUUCUGCAAAGGGAAGCUUUGUAUAGAGUGAUGCUCUUUACUGUGCUGGGGGUGCACAGUUUUGUGCUGUAUAUAUUUGUAAUAUACAAUUAUUUUUCAUGCUCCACUAUUUUAUUAAAAAUAAAAUAUGUUCUUUAGUUUGAUAAUUUUGUGUGUUCUAAACUUUCUCUGAUGUGCUUUGUGGUUAAUAAACUUGUUUUCU